AUGACACAGAGUAAUGCUAAAGUACGCACAACCGUCAAAAUAGAAAGACGAUCCCAAGAGUCUCUUCUCAAACAAGAAAUCUCUGAUGAGCUAUGUGAUGACACCUCUAGUCUCAGUGAUCUCUCAAGCGACCCAGAAUGCGAGGAGAAAGACCUGAUCACAACAGCAGAACUGGAAGCCCGAGUGAAUCAUCCGUUUCCACUGGAAUUUGAUCCCCAGUUCAUUCACAUUGAUAAACAGCCUCUGAUGGAUAAGAUGAAGGUCCACAGUCGAGAGAUAACAUUCAAGGGAAGCUACAAACGGCUGGACAUUAUGUGUACGUGUGUAGUGCCUUCCAUCGGUGACAGUUACUUCGAAGAUAUGAACCGCUAUGAAUGGGAGAUGUCAGAGAAUUUACUCCCGUGUCGAGGCAUGGCCACCCAUAUCAACCAAUUCAGAUCAAAGCGCAAUGCAGCACUGAACGAGAUCAUUGGCGAUGAAUCAGAUCAAGCUGUGUGGUUCUUUAUCAAACCGUACUAUGAAAAGGGAACGUUAGCCAACUACAGACUAAGCAAGCGAUAUCAAGGCACAAACAUAGAGCCGCUGUACAUUCUACAAAUUGCUGUCUCCUUAUUAUCAGCUCUCAAAGACGCACACGCAUUGGGCAUUGGAUUGGUGGGUAUAUCUUUGGACAGCCUAUGGCUAGGCCUGGAUGGUGUCGUCUACUUUGAUGACUUUAAAUCGUGCAUAUAUCUACAAGGAGAUAAUGAGCAAUUACCAUGGAUUGACUUUGAUGUACUGAAUUGUCCAGAUAAAGAAAAGAAGAAGAUUAAGGAAGAAGGCUACAGAGCAGAGACAGAUGUGUUUCAGGCAUCGUUGGUCAUACUCAGCUUGAUGCAAAAAUGCCAAAGCAGAUCGACGACAUUGGUGACCAUGGGCCAGCAUAAAGUAGAUAUUAUGCGCGAUCAGAUUGACCCAAUGUACACUAUUAUCCUACCAGCCAUUGAGCCAGGACUAGCAUUCAAAGGCGAAGAAAGACCUACGGCAUCUGCGAUGCUGCAAUGCUUUGAAUCCUUGCGCUACAGAGCAUUGGCAUAA